CACGUUCUGUCCAGCUCAGACUCAAUAAACUCACGUUAACGUUGGUGUCACGUCGACCUGCUGAACUUCAACAUGUUCCACCGGUGUGUUUUCCUGCUGCUCGUCACCCUCUUCGCCGUCUCUCUGGCUGCUCCGCUCCCAGAUGAAACAGAGGACAAGUCAGACUCAGGAGAACCUGAACCAUCUCCCAUUCCUGCUGGUGAUGAUGAGCCCACUUCUGACGAGACUGAUAAGGACGACGAUAACCCUGAAGACGAUAAAGAUAUGACAUCUGAAGACAACUCUUCAGAGGAGGAACCGGAGGAGAGCACGGAAGCAAGCAAAGAAAAUGAAGGUGACGCUGAGAUGACUGCUGAGGAGCUCACUGAGGAUUCUGAUGAGCCUACUGAGGAGCCUACUGAGGAUACAUCUGAGGAGGCUUCUGAGGAGCCUACUGAGGAUACAUCUGAGGACACGUCUGAGGAGGCUACUGAGGAGCUUACUGAGGACACUACUGAUGAGUUUACUGAGGAGCCUACUGAGGAGGCUUCUGAGGAGCUUACUGAGGGCGAUUCUGAGGAGCCUACUGAGGAGCAAUCUGAGGACACUUCUGAGGAGCCUACUGAUGAGCCUUCUGAGGACCCGUCUGAGGAGCAAUCUGAGGACACUUCUGAGGAGCCUACGGAGGAGCUUUCUGAGGACACGUCUGAGGAGGCUACUGAGGAGCCUUCUGAGGAGCCUUCUGAGGACACGUCUGAGGGAACUGCUGAAGAAGAUUCUCAAGAGGUUUCUGAGGAAGACGAGAAUCCUACAGAGGCUUCUGAUGAUGCAGUGGAAGAUGAUGGGUCCGACGAGGCUGGAGUCACCACCGCAGCACCAUAGGAUUCUGCUUAGACGCUCAGCCUCUGACCUGUGGAAGCUCCUCCCCCCCAGCGCCUGCGGAAUACACUCGCCAUGACAACAACCAACUAAACUGCAUUUUAGCUUCAGCCUCCAGCUUCCUGUUCUUCCCGUCCUCAGCUUCCUGUUCAUCCCGUCCUCAGCUUGUUCCUGAUUCGUUCUCUUUGUUUUCAAACUGGCUGCUUUACUUUUCAUUAAAAAAUUAUAAAAAUGAAUAAUGAACCCUGAACCUGUGUGUCUCUCUGCCUGUCUGUCUGCCAUCAGUCUAACGUAGAAACAUUAAAACAGCUGCUGAUCUCAGAUCUGCCCUGUGUGUCUGUGUUCAGGUGUACAUACAGUCCAUCGUUUACCUUACAAACAUUAAUUACUAUUUUUAAUAGAAGGGAUGUCAGCGAUAAUGAUUGUUUGUAAACAGAGGAACAGCUAAUAAAGUUUGAACUGUCAGAAACUCAA